CAUUUGGAUAUCAACAAAAAAGAAGCCAUUAUAGCAACAAAAGAAAACCAUUUGCAAUAUCUCAAAAAGCACAUUCAUAGCAAUGGCUGUUUCUCUUUUUCCAUUACCAGCCCCAACAUGUUUCCUCUCCUUUUGUUUUGUCGUGAUGAGUUGCAUUUUGCUAUCUCCUGAGAUAGUAACUCCAUCAAAUGCCGGAAUUGUUCGACAAUAUACCUUCAAUGUACAACUGAAGAAUGUGACAAGAUUGUGUCACACAAAGACCAUAGUGACAAUCAAUGGAAAAUACCCUGGCCCUCGUGUUAUCGCUAGAGAAGGUGACAAUCUUCUUAUCAAGGUGGUCAAUAACGUUUCAAAUAACAUCACCAUUCACUGGCAUGGAAUCAGGCAAAUCCAGAGUGGAUGGGCAGAUGGACCAUCGUAUGUGACUCAAUGUCCAAUUCAGACAGGGCAGAGUUAUGUGUACAACUACACCAUCAUCAAUCAACGAGGAACUCUGUGGUGGCACGCCCAUAUUUCCUGGCUGAGAGCCACCGUCUACGGCCCAUUGAUCAUCCUUCCCAAGAAAAAUGUUCCGUAUCCUUUCCCUAAACCACACAAAGAAGUCCCUAUAAUGUUCGGAGAAUGGUGGAAUGAAGACCCUGAAGCUGUCAUUAGCCAGGCACUUCAGACAGGAGGUGGACCAAAUGUAUCAGAGGCAUAUACCAUUAAUGGACUUCCAGGACCUUUGUACAAUUGUUCUGUUAAAGAUACGUUUAAGCUGAAAGUGAAGCCUGGAAAAACAUAUAUGCUUCGGAUAAUCAAUGCUGCACUCAAUGACGAUCUGUUUUUCACCAUUGCAAACCAUUCACUCACAGUUGUUGAAGCAGAUGCAGUUUAUGUGAAGCCAUUCAAAACAGAUGUCCUGUUCAUAACUCCAGGACAAACAACAAACGUACUUCUCAAAACAAAGCACAAUUUUCCGGCCAAAUCCAGAUUCAUCAUGGCCGGAAGUCCGUAUUUUACCGGUUCAGGCACAUUUGAUAACACCACAUUUGCUGGAAUUCUCGAAUAUGAAAAUCCAAACAGCCCUGUUUCGGCUUCUUCUUCUUUCUCAAACACCACAUUUAAAAGCCUUCAAUUCCCAACUCUCCCAUUGAUCAAUGCAACUUCCGUUGUGGCAAAUUUCAGCAGCAAAUUCCGGAGUCUGGCUAAUUCCCAAUUCCCUGCUAAUGUUCCCAAAACUGUGGACAAGAAAUUCUUCUUCACAGUCGGGCUAGGGACUAAUCCGUGCCCGAAAAACCAAACUUGCCAAGGCCCUACUAACAGAACCAAAUUCGCGGCUUCCGUGAACAACAUUUCUUUCGCAAUGCCAACAACAGCUCUUCUCCAAUCCUACUUCUUUGGGAAAUCAAAUGGAGUGUUUACGGCGGAUUUCCCGUCCGCUCCCCUGAUGCCUUUCAAUUAUACAGGGACCCCGCCUAACAAUACUAAUGUGGCCAAUGGGACUAAGUUGGUGGUUGUGAAGUUUAACACCACCAUUGAAGUUGUGAUGCAGGACACCAGCAUUAUUAGUGCUGAAAGUCAUCCCCUUCAUCUUCAUGGUUUUAAUUUCUAUGUUGUUGGACAAGGGUUUGGGAACUUUGAUCCUAAAAAUGAUCCAGCCAAGUUCAACCUUGUGGAUCCUGUUGAGAGAAACACAGUUGGUGUGCCUUCUGGUGGAUGGGUUGCUAUUCGUUUCCAAGCCGACAAUCCAGGUGAGUUGCACUCUCAACUCAAUCAAUCGUUGCUAAACGAUUUCCAGAAUUCAUUUAACGUUACAAUGAUGAGAUUUUUUUAAUGGGUGUGUUUUCCAACAGGUGUUUGGUUUAUGCAUUGCCAUUUUGAUGUUCAUCUGAGUUGGGGAUUGAGAAUGGCAUGGAUAGUACUGGAUGGAAAACUACCAAAUCAGAAGCUGUUUCCUCCACCAGCUGAUCUUCCAAAGUGCUAAAAACGGCUUCUAGUUUUGAACCCGGAAUUUUUUUCUGUUCUUUGUUGUGGCUUCUUUGCUUUUGUAACUUAUAUAUUCAAUCUAAUUUUCCAUGUACGGCUUUAAUGAUCUUCAAUUUUUUUGAGAAAGAGUGGUGUUGAAUCCUUAGAAAAAACACUACAACUUGAUGUGAUGAUAUGUUGUUUGACCUUUGCAUUUGCUCAAUGAAUUCUUUGUUUCCUUCAUACUUGGACUUAUGUAAUUUUUCCCUUUCGAAAUUAUUGUAUAAUUUAAACUAAAAAUACAAAUUUAAAUUAAACAAUAGUUUAAGGACAAAAGUAGUACAAUUAUUCGCUUUUGUUAUACCAGUCCCUCUGCUUUAAUUAUAAGCCACAAUUUUAAACUACCUUACCUACAAUCGAAAACACACCAUCAUAAGCCACAAUUUCAAAAAUUAUUAAGCUACCUAUAACCGGAAACAUUACACUGGAAAACAAAUAAACUUUGAUACAGAAUUCAUCUAGCCAUUGAUUUCCUAGAAGACUAUAAAGUAUAAACUCUUAUUAGAUCUUAAACUAUUAGUAUGUGGUAAAGUAGUUGCAGGAGUGAAUUGUGGGGUGGUGUUGGGAAAAAGUGACUCUGGGCAACAAAUUCUGAGGAGCAAAAGUAUAUUCUAUUCAAAUAACUACAAUAAUCAAUGCAUAGUUUUUCGUCAUUAUAUGCGGCAGUGGUGUCACAUUUUUUUCUUACUAUUUUUUUGCAGAUCCCCAGUCUGACCUUUCUGCAAGAAGCAAAAGCAUCAUGGUGCAUUCCCCAGGCCAAUUAUUUUUAUCUUCCCCUCCUCCUCCCUCAUGAUUGAUAGUUCCAACCGCUGUUAAAAAACAGGAAUCUUUCUUGUUUCUUCAUCAUCUCUUUCCACUAUAUUGACCUAAGCUAGUAAGCUACUGUUGCUACAUGAUUAAUGUAGUUUUUUUUUCCCUUUAUUUUCCGAACUAAAAACAAAAAAGAAAUUCUAAAAGAUGGGUCACAUUCAGAUUGAGAUUAGGACAUACCAUGUGACAAUGGCGUGGGUGAAAGCUAGGUGAAAUUCAUCUUAAUCCAAAAAGGGGAAGCAAAAAAAAAAAAAAUGAUACAUACAUCUUGAUUGUCACAAUGCGCAAGCAACUAUUGAAUUGAUGCUCAUUGCUUGAUUAACUAAUUACUCUGUUUUUAAAAGUCACGUUCUGAUCUAGUAAAAGAAAAACAGAGCAUAAAAGGGGGAAAAAGUAGGGAACUUUACUAUAUUUGAUCUUCUUCUUCAACCUGGAAUGGCUGACAAAAAAACAUCUUUAGAUCUAUCUCUCACAAGGGUGUAACAUAAUCCCCGGGAAAAUUGAAAAGUCGAUCUGGGCUAAUUUCAUCUGGGCUUGAUUACAUAUAUUAACUUGAUAUACUUCUUCAAGAAUCUCCGUUCUUGCGCCACCGGACAAGCAUCGUGAUGCAACGUUUCACAAUGUAAAACUUAGCCCUUUGUUCCUUAGCCAAAUUGCUACAUUUCUUGGUGAAAUCCGAACAUCUUUUCUGGGACGAACUCCUUGACAGAGACGAUUUGUUACUGGAAGCAGAGCUUUUCUGCGAAGAACUUCUGGAAAGAGGGGUUGAAGAUGAAGAUGUCCUGAAUGAAGGAUUCUUCUGGGACAAAUUACGCACCAGAGAAGGCUUAUUAGAACCGCUUGUACAAGGAUUCCUCUGUGAAACACUUCUGGACAUAAACGGCGGCUUGGAGGAGGAAGAAGAUGAAGAAGCAUAGGAUGAAUGGUGGUGGUUGCUUGGAUCAUCCCUUGAUAGCUGCUUCCACUUGUCAUCAUCCAUGUAAUACUGCAUCAUUAGUACAACGUUUGAUUUCUAUCUAUCAACUGUUGUUGUUGUUGUUCUUUUGGUACUAGGAAUUGAUUUGUGUGUGAGUGAAUCAAGGAAGAGAAAACUGAAAAGAAGAUGAAAAGGAGGAAGAAUCAGGAAUGAGACAAGAGGUGGGUGAAAAUGGUGAGAUGUAUUUAUAGCACAAAAAAGAAAAAAAUAAAAAACAAUGGAGGGUUGAAGUUGAAGUGCGUGUUGGGAGAGUGUGUGAGAUUUGAGUGUUGAC